GUCACUAGGCAGAGUGGCAGCUGACACAGGGAGAAAGAAACAGAUUGAGAACGGGAAGAGGAAUGAAAAUACAUCAAACAUAAAUAAAGCGAAAUCAAAGCAAUAGGAUAGAUUGAGAGAAAGGAGAAAGAAGAAGAGAGAGACCUUUUACAAAGGGAGAGGGACAGGGAGAGAGAAAGAAGAGAAAAAUAAAGUAGGGGGAGUGUGCAGUUGACUUGAGAGAGAGGGAAAGGGAGAAAGGGCGAGAGAGAGAGAGAGAGAGAGAGAAAGAGAGAGAGAGAGAGAGACCAGCCGCCGGCCCAUUUAGGAAAGAUGGCUACAGUCACUGCAAACGGAGUGCAGCAAGAGAAUGGAUUCAGCACCACGAACAGCGCCGCCAGGAUGAACGGGCUCACAAUCGGUCAGAACACCAUUCCAAUGAAGGACCACGACGCCAUCAAGCUGUUUAUCGGACAGAUUCCCAGAAACCUGGAGGAGAAAGAUCUGAAGCCCCUUUUUGAGGAAUUCGGAAAGAUAUACGAACUCACUGUGCUGAAAGACAGGUUUACGGGAAUGCAUAAAGGAUGUGCCUUUCUAACGUACUGCGCCAGAGAGUCAGCACUGAAGGCCCAGAGCGCCCUCCAUGAACAGAAGACUCUGCCAGGGAUGAACCGGCCCAUCCAGGUGAAGCCAGCCGACAGCGAAGGACGAGGAGAAGACAGGAAGCUGUUUGUGGGGAUGCUUGGGAAGCAGCAGAGCGAGGAGGACGUCCGGCGGCUCUUUGAGACCUUCGGCCAGAUCGAGGAGUGCACCGUCCUGAGAGGGCCUGAUGGGGCCAGUAAGGGCUGUGCCUUUGUCAAGUUCUCCAGCCACGCAGAAGCACAGGCGGCCAUCAACAGCCUGCACGGCGGACAGACCAUGCCAUGUGCGUAUCCCCAGGGGGCGUCCUCCAGCCUGGUGGUGAAGUUUGCUGACACGGACAAGGAGCGGACCCUGCGUAGGAUGCAUCAGAUGGCGGGCCAGCUCGGCAUCUUCAGCCCCAUGACCAUCCAGUUUGGGGCCUAUGGUGCCUACUCUCACGCUGUAAGUCUCGGCUCCACGGGGGAGGAGACGCAGAUGAUGCAACAGCAAGCAGCGCUAAUGGCGGCGACCCAGAACUCGUAUCUGAACCCCAUGGCAGCCAUCGCUGCGGCACAAAUGCAGCAAAUGGCAGCUUUCAACGUCAACGGUCUGGUGGCUGCCCCAAUGACACCCUCCUCAGGCACCAGCACGCCGCCGGGUAUCAAUGCCACUGCCGUGCCCAGCCUAGCAGCACCCAUGGGGGUCAAUGGGUUCGCAUCCCUCCCGCCCCAGACCAACGGUCAGCCUACCAAUGAGCCAAUCUACACCAAUGGGAUCCACCCCUACCCAGGUGAGACAGCCAAUGGGAUUCACCUCUACUCAGCACAGAGUCCUACAGUGACUGACCCUCUCCAGCAGGCUUACGCCGGUGUGCAGCACUACGCAGCAGCCUACCCUGCCGCCUAUGCACCAAUCAGUCAAGCGUUCCCCCAGCAACCCACCAUCAUCCCCCAGCAACAGAGAGAAGUUUGUUGUUGUUAUUUCCCACCAGGGCCGGAAGGCUGCAACCUGUUUAUUUACCAUCUGCCCCAGGAGUUUGGAGACGCAGAAUUAAUGCAAAUGUUCCUGCCUUUCGGCAACGUCAUCUCCGCCAAAGUCUUCGUGGACCGGGCGACCAAUCAAAGCAAGUGUUUUGGCUUUGUGAGCUUCGAUAACCCAUCCAGUGCCCAGGCGGCUAUCCAGGCCAUGAAUGGUUUUCAGAUAGGCAUGAAGCGGCUGAAGGUCCAGCUGAAGAGGCCAAAGGAUGCCAACCGACCUUACUGACCCCUUUGCCGUCCACAUCCAGGAUGAAGGGCCACAACACCUUAUUUCCACAAGUGCAGUAUAAAGUACAAAGACUUCUUGCUCUGCUACAUAUCAUGAAAGAAGGGUGGUCCCUUGAUUCUGCUGGAAGAAUAGCUGGAGAAGAUUGGGUGACUGAGGAGAAGGAACCCGGAGAUUCUUUUUUUUUUUUUUUUAGCAAAUGCCUCUUUUCCCUGUUUUGCUUUGGCGUCUGUGGAAGAGGAUUUUUUGCAGAGACCAACUUUUUGCUGCUGUUUUUUAAACAAGAUGGAAAACCUUUAUAGACACAUUAUGCUCAAAGCAUGCAAACUGACACCGAUAUAUAUAGACAUGAACACACUCUUAUCAAACACACAUGCAUACAUACAGGCCAACACACACACACACACACACACACACACACACACACACACACACACACACACACACACACACACACACACAUGCACACACAUGCACACACACACACACACACAUAUUCUCUCAGACAUCCUACAGUGUACAUACCUGUAUGUGCAUUUGCCAACUUAAACAUACACGCGGACAGACAGACACACACAUAAACACACACACAUAUACACACACCAGCCUGCUGCCAUUUUGGUUUUCGUGCCUACACAGGUGAUGUGCUCUGUGACAGGGUGAGCUCUGAGGAAAGAAGAAGAGAAAUGGAGAAUCCAGGAGAAUUUACAUGCAUCAUUCCUUAGGAAAUAGGGACCAAAGGACUUAACGCUUUUUAAAAUAAUAUAAAUAUAUAUACAUAUAUAUAUAUAUAUAUAUAUAUUUAAAAAAAACUCUUACCUUGUAGCUGCAAGUAUUACAAUUUAAUAGUAGUCAAAAUAAAUCAUUAAAUCAAUAUCCAGUGGCCUAAGUAAGAAUAAAAAGAUAAAGGAAAUAAUGUAUACAUUGAAAAAAAGACAAGGAAACGUAGUAAAGGGACUGAUUAUUAUGUUCUGGUUGCUGUUUUGCCACCAGUUAGUAGAUUAGAAAAUGUAGAAUACUAGAAAAGUAGAUUUGCUCUUUUUUGCUGUUGUUUUUUUAAAGAAAAAAAUACUUGAACUUGUAAAGUAAGGGGGAGGGAUGAAAAAGAAAAAAUGAUUCAUUUUGUCUGUCCCGUCCCAGUGGGCUUUGGGGCAUUGGGGUCUCUCUCUUGGAUGUUACGGUCGGGCCGCUGGACAUGUUCCUCAUCAUGGUGUACAACUCAAACUCACUCACAGCACUAUCUGACAGCUAUAAAGGAACUGUUUUUGAGAAGAGGGGGAAGAAGAAGAGAAAAGACAGAUGGACCUUCCGAGUGUCUGUGCUGGACAGGGUGCAGAUAUGAGAGGCUUAUUUCCCACAAGCUUUUGUGUUCAAGCGACAAUCCACUGUAAAAAACCAAGCAAAUCGGACAUGGUGUGUUCUUUUCUUUUGACCUCUAUUAUUACGACAGGGAGUGUGCUAUUAUAAAAGUUAUUAAAGAAAUGCAUAAAGAGAAGCUUCUGAAAAUGAGAUGGACUAAUGGACAAAAAUUAAGGCAAGCAGAGAAGAAAAUUAUUGAGUUGAUAGCUACUGAAACUGCCAAAAGAGUGGACUCAACAGUAUAACAAUGAAUUGGCUAUCGUGGCGUUUGAGUGAACGAAAAAAAUAGACCCAUUAAAAAUAACCAUGUUAUAGGCAAGAGGGAGAAAGAGAGAGAGGGACAGGGAUAUUUAUGUCCGCUGAAGCCGUUCUGAAGCUCUGGUGAGAUUGAGAAACAUCGCCUCAUCUCCCCGGCUGCAGAACAGAAACAAGCAGAACUUGCUCUGAAAGACACACUAGAUUUAUCGAUGGCAAAACAGUGGAAGCUUUUAGAGCUCAUUUAACUUUGUCGUAUAUAAUGUACAUGCCACUGUUAACAUGUCCCCUCCCUGACCUGCUUUUUUUCAAAUAUUAUAUAAUGAGCCUGUGGAAAAACCUACCUAUCCGACUCAACCUAACCUAACACAGUCUGAAUUACAGCCAUACCACAGUCAUCAUUCAGCUCCUCCCUGCCAAUCCAUGCCUAGCAGAACACAGCUCUGAACUCUUAACUUGUCAGGCUUUGACUUAGUGUCCACGAGACCCUUUAUUUGGACUAUUUUACAGUGGUGGAUGCAGCUGGCCCCUCUAUGAAAACCAGAUCAAUAUGUUUGCUAUGAGUCUCGAGGAAGGAUAAGAUGGCAAGUCAUUCACUGUCCACACUUCCUCAAGUUCUCUCAGUAGAACACCAGCUCUCCCCCUCCCUCACAACGCCCUGAGAGCUGACUGAAGGCAUAUGGAGGGGGAGGUAGAGCUGGACAGGGAAGAGAAGGGGAGAGGAAAGUGGGAGAAGUCAACAGCCAAACCCUGAUCUCUGAGCUCUACUCCACGCCAGCAUGUCCAACCUCGUCUUACUUUAUCCUUUAAAGUGAUGCUUCUUGGAGUUUUCCCCCGGGGACCGAAGCCACAGCAAGCGCAGCCUCCAGGUAUCUGUGCUGGCUUGCUCUUGGGGAAUGGGAUUGAAGGGUUGAUAAGGAAUCACUUGGCAUGUAUUAGGUACCUGCUGCCUUCUGUCCAGCCUGUGUCUGUUUACCUCUGGGACUUGCUCUCCAAAGCAGAGCGGACGCAUUCCAAGUCACUGACUGAAAGCCCUGCCUGCCUGCCUGCCUGCCUGCAUCACACAAGAGACAUCAAGACACAUGACAUUCAUUCUCUUUCUCCCAGCUGCUUAAAUACAACACAAUGCCACUCUUUUCUGUGAGCGAAAAGCUCUUGGAUUUGUCUUGAUUUGUAUCCUUGUUUUUAUCAUACCACAUUACUGUAAUGAAUGUUAGCUUCUGACUUUGUGUUUGUGUUCCUCUGCUAUGAAUAGACACUGUUCUGUUCCAUCAUGCCUUCCAGAACCCCAACCUAGCUGUUCAGCUGUUCCCCUGGAACAAUGUUUCAAACCAACUUGCAGUUCAGUGUUUGGCUUCAGUCGCCUUCGAUUAUCUCUUCCUCCGUAUUAGACGUGCUACUUCACCUUUCCCUCUAAUCACGUUGUAAUAGUGAGGCUCUAUACAUUAACACCAACCAAGUGAAAAGUCAUCUGCAUAAUCACCUGGACCAAAUGACAGUGGGGAUGGUCCCUUGAAUGCUCUGUGAUGACAGAAGGUAGAUUAGAGAGAAUUAUGUUUGUAGCGGCUCCCUGGCAAGGAUGCCGACAGCUGACCUGGCACCGAUAUCACCGCAGCCGUAUUUAUGAUGGAGAUGAGAUCCAGGAAGCAGGAUGAAACCCUCCAUGUCAAAGCUACUCUGGGUAUUAAUGUUGGAUAUUUGAUUGGCGUGGGUAUAGAUUAUAUUGAAGAUAAGGCAAAAGAGACCCGGUUUGAAAUAUUGCUCCAGGCACAAAAGGUACUGAACAAUAGCAGGUUGAAAUGGUUAGCAGACAACCAACUCUUCCGUUUAAAAACCCUCAGUUCCUCCGUUGCAGCUGCCUGCCGGGUGGCCUGUGCUAUUGUACUUCAGCUUUCAGCACUUAAUUGUGUCUCAACAAUCUCCUCAGAGGCCGCCAUUUUCCACAAAACAACCAGCUCUAAAAAUGUUGUCUUUUUCACGGCAGUAUUGCAGUCGGGACACCUGCAAAGCACAGAAUAUUGUUCAGAACUGUAGGAGCACAGUAGUUAUUUUGAAUCAAAACGAUGCCCAUUGAAAAAACAGUGCCAGCUUUGGUCAUGGGUUGUCGCAACUUGCCUUCAAAAACAGUAAAAACACUCAACCUUUAGUUGUUAUGAAGUCAGCCAAACAUGUAGGAACUAGGAAGCCACAUGAAUUAAUGUGAAGUAGGUCAAUAUGAAUGCAUGUUCUUCACAGCAGCCCUUUUGUGCUCAUUAUUUAUGUAAUGCUGAAUUAAUCAAUAGGAAACCUAAUGUUCCGUGAGCGAUGAAAUCUCCUAUGCUUGUCUCUCUGCCGCUUCAAAAGCACCUCCUGCAAGACUAGUCCCAUUAGCCUCACCAUGAGCCCUCUGAUGGCUCCUACACCAGAUAAAUGCUGCAUACCCCUACAGUCAACUUAGAGCAAGGUUAGGUUCAGCCUAGGUCCAAUCCCCUGCCCAGUCUUAUAUUCCCUGCUUGGCUAACGUGCUACGCUCGUAUAGCCUUUCUGUUGCACCAGGGAGCUGCAGAAACAUGCUUGGGAAGGCUAGAUUAGACAAUGUUAAAUCAGGGAGCUGUUUGAACGAGGGUACUCUUAUUGCUCUUCUACACAGGGGAGGAAGGUUAUUAGUGUGACAUGCAGUGAAAACAGAAAUAGCUGUAGUGAAGCCAGGCUCUGGAACAUCAGAAAUGAGAAGUGGGUUUUAUAUCCUUCUUUUACUGACUCCAGAAGGCUGCCAACUCAGCCCAUCUCAGCUCAGAUCUGGCCCUGUCUGGCCUUAAGUCAGGCUGUCUGGAGAAUGUUAACUUAGGGGUGACUCGCCUUACGCAGGACUGAAAUCCACCCACUCAUGUUCAGAUGAGAAUAUUUAGAUUGACAUUAUAGGUUAUUGAUGUUGUUAGUUCAACUCACUUUAUGUCUGUUUGGAAACAUAGUACCAGUCAAAAGUUUGGACACGCCUGCUCAUUCAAGGGUUUUUCUUUAUUUUUACUAUAUUCUACAUUGUAGAAUAAUAGUGAAGGCAUCAA